GUGAUGGCAAUCCCAAGGAAAGCAGUCCUUUCAUCAACAGCACCGACACAGAGAAGGGAAAAGAGUACGAUGGCAAGAACAUGGCCCUGUUUGAGGAGGAGAUGGACACCAGCCCCAUGGUGUCCUCUCUGCUCAGUGGGCUGGCCAACUAUACCAACCUGCCCCAGGGAAGUAGAGAGCACGAAGAGGCAGAGAACAAUGAGGGUGGAAAAAAGAAGCCGGUGCAGGCCCCACGCAUGGGUACUUUCAUGGGUGUGUACCUCCCGUGCCUGCAGAAUAUCUUUGGCGUCAUCCUCUUCCUGCGGCUCACUUGGGUGGUGGGCAUUGCAGGCAUCAUGGAAUCCUUCUGUAUGGUCUUCAUCUGCUGCUCCUGUACAAUGCUCACAGCCAUUUCCAUGAGCGCGAUUGCAACCAAUGGUGUUGUGCCUGCUGGUGGCUCCUACUACAUGAUUUCCAGGUCUCUGGGCCCAGAGUUUGGGGGUGCCGUGGGCCUCUGCUUCUACCUGGGCACUACCUUUGCUGGGGCUAUGUACAUCCUGGGCACCAUCGAGAUCCUGCUGGCUUAUCUCUUCCCAGCCAUGGCCAUCUUCAAGGCAGAAGAUGCCAGUGGGGAGGCAGCGGCCAUGUUGAACAAUAUGCGGGUAUACGGCACCUGUGUGCUUACCUGCAUGGCCACCGUUGUCUUUGUGGGUGUCAAGUACGUCAACAAGUUUGCCCUGGUUUUCCUGGGUUGUGUCAUCCUCUCCAUCCUGGCCAUCUAUGCAGGGGUCAUCAAGUCUGCCUUCGACCCACCCAACUUCCCGAUCUGUCUCUUGGGGAACCGCACGCUGUCUCGCCAUGGCUUUGAUGUCUGUGCCAAGCUGGCUUGGGAAGGAAAUGAGACAGUGACCACACAGCUCUGGGGCCUUUUCUGUUCCUCUCGCUUCCUCAACGCCACCUGUGAUGAGUACUUCACCAGAAACAAUGUCACAGAGAUCCAAGGCAUUCCUGGUGCAGCCAGUGGCCUCAUUAAAGAGAACCUGUGGAGUUCCUACCUGACCAAGGGGGUGAUCGUGGAGAGGCGUGGCAUGCCCUCAGUGGGCCUGACGGACGGCACCCCCGUGGACAUGGACCACCCCUAUGUCUUCAGUGACAUGACCUCUUACUUCACACUGCUUGUUGGCAUCUACUUCCCGUCAGUCACAGGAAUCAUGGCUGGCUCAAACCGGUCUGGAGACCUGCGGGACGCCCAGAAGUCCAUCCCUACUGGAACCAUUCUGGCCAUUGCCACCACUUCUGCUGUCUACAUCAGCUCUGUUGUUCUAUUCGGGGCCUGCAUUGAGGGGGUCGUCCUGCGGGACAAGUUUGGGGAAGCUGUGAAUGGCAACCUGGUGGUGGGCACCUUGGCCUGGCCUUCUCCUUGGGUCAUUGUCAUCGGCUCUUUCUUCUCUACCUGUGGGGCUGGACUACAGAGCCUCACAGGGGCCCCACGCCUGCUCCAGGCCAUCUCCAGGGAUGGCAUAGUGCCCUUCUUACAGGUCUUUGGCCAUGGCAAAGCCAAUGGAGAGCCAACCUGGGCCCUGCUGCUGACUGCCUGCAUCUGUGAGAUUGGCAUCCUCAUCGCCUCCCUGGACGAGGUCGCCCCCAUCCUUUCCAUGUUCUUCCUCAUGUGCUACAUGUUUGUGAACUUGGCGUGUGCGGUGCAGACGCUGCUGAGGACGCCCAACUGGAGGCCACGCUUUCGAUAUUACCACUGGACUCUCUCCUUCCUGGGCAUGAGCCUCUGCCUGGCCCUCAUGUUCAUUUGCUCCUGGUAUUACGCACUGGUAGCCAUGCUCAUCGCCGGGCUCAUCUAUAAGUACAUCGAGUACCGGGGGGCAGAGAAGGAGUGGGGCGAUGGGAUCCGGGGCCUGUCUCUCAGUGCUGCUCGCUAUGCUCUCUUGCGUCUGGAGGAAGGACCUCCGCACACCAAGAACUGGAGGCCCCAGCUCCUGGUGCUGGUGCGUGUGGACCAGGACCAAAACGUAGUACAUCCCCAGCUGCUCUCCUUGACCUCCCAGCUCAAAGCAGGGAAGGGCCUGACCAUCGUGGGCUCUGUCCUCGAGGGCACCUUUCUGGACAACCACCCUCAGGCUCAGCGGGCAGAGGAGUCUAUACGGCGCCUGAUGGAGGCUGAGAAGGUGAAGGGCUUCUGCCAAGUGGUGAUCUCCUCUAACCUUCGUGAUGGUGUGUCCCACCUGAUCCAGUCUGGGGGCCUUGGUGGGCUGCAACACAACACUGUGCUGGUGGGCUGGCCUCGCAACUGGAGGCAGAAGGAGGAUCACCAGACAUGGAGGAACUUCAUCGAACUGGUCCGGGAAACCACAGCUGGCCACCUGGCCCUGCUAGUCACCAAGAAUGUUUCCAUGUUUCCUGGGAACCCCGAGCGCUUCUCCGAGGGCAGCAUUGAUGUGUGGUGGAUUGUGCAUGAUGGGGGCAUGCUCAUGCUGCUGCCCUUCCUGCUGCGUCAUCACAAGGUCUGGAGGAAAUGUAAGAUGCGGAUCUUCACUGUGGCCCAGAUGGACGACAACAGCAUCCAGAUGAAGAAAGACCUGACUACGUUUCUGUACCAUUUACGCAUUACUGCAGAGGUGGAGGUGGUGGAGAUGCAUGAGAGUGAUAUCUCGGCAUACACCUAUGAGAAGACGUUGGUGAUGGAGCAACGCUCUCAGAUCCUCAAACAAAUGCACCUAACCAAGAAUGAGCGGGAGCGGGAGAUCCAGAGCAUCACAGAUGAGUCUCGGGGCUCCAUUCGGAGGAAGAAUCCAGCCAACACUCGGCUCCGCCUCAAUGUUCCUGAAGAGACAGCUGGUGACGGUGAGGAGAAGCCAGAAGAGGAGGUGCAGCUGAUCCACGACCAGAAUGCCCCCAGCUGCCCCAGCAGCUCGCCAUCUCCAGGGGAGGAGCCUGAGGGGGAGGGGGAGACAGACCCAGAGAAGGUGCAUCUUACCUGGACCAAGGACAAGUCAGCGGCAGAGAAGAACAAAGGCCCCAGUCCUGUCUCCUCCGAGGGCAUCAAGGACUUCUUCAGCAUGAAGCCGAACCAGUCCAACGUGAGGCGCAUGCACACGGCCGUGCGGCUGAACGAGGUCAUCGUGAAUAAAUCCCGGGAUGCCAAGUUGGUUUUGCUCAACAUGCCUGGGCCUCCCCGCAACCGCAAUGGUGAUGAAAACUACAUGGAGUUCCUGGAGGUGCUCACUGAGCAACUGGACCGGGUGAUGCUGGUCCGCGGUGGCGGCCGCGAGGUCAUCGCACCGGCCGGCCGCGCUAUACAUAGUGUACAGGAGACAUCGCGUGUAUUUUUAAUGUCCCCAUAUUUCUGUAACUAGAAGCGCAACGGACUCCUCACCACGGCCGCGCUCUCCCCGCUGUGGGCACCCAGGGAGGCGGAAGCCCCGGGAGCCAGGUUUCCGUGCGCCCGCCCGAGCCGAGCCGAGAGCCAAGCGCUUUAAGGCCUGCGCUCUCCCUCCCUUCCCUGUCCACACCCUGGGCCUCCCUCUCUUCCUUCCAGUUCUUGGCAAACACAGGUGAGACGGCGGCGGCCAGCUUCGGUGGAUGCGAGCUUUCUGGCGGCCAGGAGAGCGAGGGGUCCAUCCUCCAAGGGGAGAAACCGAGGCCCGCACCUACCGAGCAAGCCCCGCCCGGUGCCUUCGCGGAGGAGCUUGCCGCCUGCUCCCCAUAUCCCGUGGCUCCUCGCCAAAGACUGAAUUUGUGGAGCUGGAGGGCGGCACCCCCUCCCCAGUUUCCUCCCUGAGACAGGCGAGAGUCGUGGGGCCAAUGCCAGUCUAGAGGCCCGGGCAGCCUCUGAUGUUCCCUCCCUUGGUCCCCCAUCUGCAGGUCCUGCCUGGGGACCCAGCUGCCUACUGAGUGCUCUGAAGAUGGGCCUUGCUGCCUAGUAGCAGGUCCUUAGAGCUACGUCUCCCAGACACCAGGUCCUGGAGCAGGGCUGGAGUCACGUGGGCUCUGUUGUUCCUGGCGCUUUUCUGCCCUCUUCUGACUUGGACCCAAGGCCUUUGGCUUCCCUAACUCGUCCUUGGCGCUUCCGCUCCACCAGCCCCACCUGUGGGGAGGUGCCCUCAGUCCUUAGAAAGGCGUUUGGCCGGUUCCCUUCCCCUAGGGCACGUUACUAAGGGGACAGGCACUGCAUGCUCCUUUAAGCGCCCUCUGGGACUGGGUACAGUGCCACCAGCCCCAGGGCCCUGGCCUGCGCACCUAGUUAGACAUCCUGCCCACUCCAAGGCCGGGGCCACUAGCUGACCUCACCACCUCCUUUCCCAUGAGCCCAAGCAGAAAGCUGCAGCUGAUGCCAUCUAGACAGGGUCAGGUGUGGCCUGUGGCAGGGCUGGAAGUUCGCUGCUCGGCUGCUGGGCCCAUGGCCCCUCUGCGGUUUGAUGGGGACUGGAUAUUCUUCCAGGCAGUAUCCAAAAAGUUGGAAGUGUAGGACCCAGGACCUGUCAUCCUUCAAGACUGCCCUCCCUUGCCGUGGUCUUGCCUUUUGGGGCAAGAGAGGGGCUGCGCAGAAGAGGCUUUAUCAACAUCAGUUAGGGAACCAAAGUUGCACUACCUGGGCCCAGACUCUGGUUGGCAAGAGCAAAGUUUCCGUUGAUGAAAACAAACAUCCCACAACAAAACCCCAAGUUUUCUGUGCUCCAUGUGCAAUAUUUGUUAUGAACCUUGUGUCGUUCAAGUCACCUUUAUAAUCUUGUAGCUAGAUGUUCCAUGUCCAUCCAGGUGACUUUUACUCUGAGUGCAAUAUUUCAAUAGCCUGGUAGUAAGAAGGAGUGUUGCUUUUGUUUCAGCCGACCUAUGUGCAGGGCAAUGCAAUGCAAGUCCAAAACCCUUGUAAAUAGGAGAGGUUGCAAGCCAAAUCAAGAGUAUUUAUCGUUAUUACUAUUAUUAUUAGGCCUGCCUUUAAUUUUAGUGUUUUGGUAUUUCGCAUCCUGCCUCGGUAUUGAUCUUGUGUUCUUUGUGCCAAUAUGCAAAGGAGAGGGUCGGUCUUUCCUUUAUUGUUGAAUGCUCCCAUUUAAUGCUUUAAGGCUUUUACUGUGUUAAUUUUUUAGAUACCUGUCUGCACACAAUGCAAUAAAAAUAAUUUUAUUACACCCUU